AAUAUCGAUACCAAAUCAGAUGUUGCUCAUCUCACCAUUCGAAAACAAUGCGGUUUUAUUUUUGUUUAUGUUUUUAUUUUGAAUUACAUUGAAUAAAUUACCGUGAUGUUAAUCUAGUUGGACUGACGAUCAAAAAAUGAUUAAUGAAAACGAUUAUGAUGAUGUACCUCAAUUAUCAGCUGAAUCUCUAGCAGCUCUCAAUGAAUUUUACUCUGAGCAAAGGGAAAAAAUUGAAGCGGAAACUUUCAAUGAAGACUGGGAAUUGAGUCAGUUUUGGUACGAUGAAGAAACUACUACAUUUUUGGCCGAAACUGUCAUCAAGUCUAUUAAUGGAAAAGGAGUUGUUGGUUGUAUUUCAUGCCCUACUCUUUACAUCAAAUUACUCAAGUUGUUAAAAGAUGACCCAACAAAAUACGAUUUUCAAGUUUAUCUCCUUGAAUAUGACCAACGUUUUGCUAGUUUAGGACCCAAUUUUGUUUACUAUGACUAUCGUACCCCUUUAGCAGUAAGAGAUGCUCUCCCGGAAUCUAUUUUUGAUAUUAUUGUUUGUGACCCUCCAUUUUUGUCCGAAGAGUGUUUAACUAAAGUUGCUCAAACCUUGAAAUAUCUUGCUAAAGACAAAAUUAUAUUGAAUACCGGUGCUGUUCUCAGUGAAUUAGUUGAUAAUUUAAUCGGUUUGAAAGCAAGCUCAACUUUCUUUCCUCGACACAAGAAUAAUCUUGCAAAUCAAUUCAAUUGUUUCUCGAACUUUUCAUUGUAAUUAAUCUUGUUGCAAUAUUAAACAAUGUAACUUUUCACCUUGAUUA